AUGAGCGACUGCGAGCCCGGGUACGUGCAGGGGCUGGCGCGGGACUACCUGCGCUACGUGCUGCAGGCCCCGGCGCCCGCGCCCGGCCGGGCCUCCCGGCUGCUGCAGGAGGUGGCCUUCGCCGUGCAGACGGAGAUCGAGGCGACGCUGAAGCCCGUGCUGGACUUCGACGUGCCGUCGGUGGAGCGCGCCAGGGCCAUCUUCAACGAGGUGAUGGAGAAGGAGUUCGAGGACGGCGUGGUGAACUGGGGCCGCAUCGUGACGGUGUUCGCCUUCGAGGGGAUCCUGGCCAAGAAGCUGCUGGGGGAGCGCGCCCCGGACGCGGACACUGCGCAGGAGGUCUCCCGCUUCGUGGCCGAGUUCCUCACGAGGACCGCGGGGGAGUGGAUCCGGCAGCACGGCGGCUGGGAAAAUGGCUUUGUGAAGAAGUUUGAACCCAAAUCUUGUUGGCUGACUUUCCUGGAAGUUACAGGAAAGAUCUGCGGAGUGUUAUUUCUCCUGCAGCAGUACUGCUGAUGGAAAAGGACAGCCAUUGCGAAACUGGCUGAACUUUCUGGACUCUUGCAAGAGGUACUGACCACACUUGCUUCUUCUACUUUCAAACACAUAACACUCAUGAUACAUCCUGACAGUGCACAAUUAUGGAAGUUUUGUCCUUAUUUUAAUGAAUAAAUAAAAUAUUUGUAU